CUUUGUCUCAUCUUUCAGUCUUUCCUAUGAUCAACGAACAAUAAGAAUCUUAUUCAGUGGAUGUCUAUCAUGAGGUUAUGAUUCCGCUUUGAUCUUGAUCUUUUCAACUUUGUCAACCGACUUUGGUCUUUUCUUCUCUUCUCUUACUUCGAAUACGGAACAUUCUUUGAUUCUGCUUGGCCGAUAGGGGAAUUUCAGAGCGGGCGAACACUGCGACUGUCUUAUUCCGGUCUGAAGCUUCCACGCCGGUCUAAUCCUCAAAAAAACAGACGUCAUCAUUCCUCUUCUCUCUCGAAACGCGUCUUCGCCACUGCCCUCAGACAAGUUUAAUAUUUGGUGAUACCUCUUCUCAGUCUUGUGUCUCUUCACCACUUGAUAUCUUUUUCCUCCCCCUUUAGACCUGGAGGCCACCACGUAGACAUGCCUUCGCAGGAGGCUUCACUGGCCGACCCUGCAACGGCGUAUACUUUGUUGGAGAAACUUGGCACUGGUAGCUUCGGGACCGUUUGGAAAGCUUCUCACAAUGAGACCGGACAAAUAGUCGCCAUUAAGAUGAUUGAUCUGGAAUCAUCCGACGAUGAUAUCACCGAGAUUCAGGCUGAGAUUGCACAUCUGUCGACAUGCUCGUCAUCCCACAUCACAAAGUACUACGGUAGCUUUGUGCGAGGAUGGAGAUUGUGGAUCGUUAUGGAGUAUCUGGCCGGAGGAAGCUGUCUUGACUUGCUAAAACCUGGUGUAUUCACAGAACCGCAAAUAGCGGCCAUCUGUCGUGAACUCCUACUCGGUCUUGACUACCUGCACUCAGAAGGGAAGAUUCAUCGUGAUAUUAAAGCGGCCAAUGUACUCCUUAGCUCCACCGGUGAAGUCAAGCUUGCCGAUUUUGGAGUUGCAGCUCAACUUUCCUCUCAUAAAUCCCAAAGACAUACAUUUGUUGGAACUCCCUUUUGGAUGGCCCCCGAGGUGAUCCGUCAAGCGGGCUACGACGUCCGAGCGGAUAUCUGGUCCCUUGGUAUCACAGCUAUUGAGAUGGCCAAGGGUGAACCUCCGUUGGCGGAGUAUCAUCCUAUGCGUGUUUUGUUUCUCAUUCCCAAGGCCAAAGCGCCGAGGCUGGAUCCUCAGGAAGGGUGGAGUGAAGAUUUUAUGGACUUCAUUGCAACAUGUCUUCAGAAAGAUCCAAAAGACAGAGCCACAGCAAAAGAGCUAUUGCAACAUAAAUUCAUCCGUUCGGCACCAAGAACGUCCCACCUCGCCAAAUUAGUCGAAAGAUAUCAAGUGUAUAAAGCUAAUUCGCCCCGCAAAUCGACGACCAUCAGUCAGACUCUCACGAGACAAGCGGCAGGUCACGAUGGCACGACAAUGAUUGGCAACGAAACAAUGCGAAGCGAAUGGAACUUUGACGAAACGAUAAGAGGUACUGUCAGAGGUGUCCCGGUGACACUGGAUCUGGCCGAGAUGGAGGAUGAUGAGUGGGAUCUAAAUGAAGAGGACGAGUUUGAUCAGGCCAGGAGUAUCUUGGAAGCUGCAACACUUCAUGGCUCGAACUUGUCUCUGCCCUCGCUUGAGCGAUCAUCGUCCAACGCCACAGCGUCAUUUGGUACAUCACCUCAAACACCAAAUUCCGAAACUGUAGAUCUGAAAUCUUCAGGUGGUAGCAGUGGUAGAUCCACGUGGAGGGAGAGACAUGAUCAAGGCCGAGGUACAGUUGUCAAGGAAGGUGAUGUGGGGGAUGGCUUCUCGACAGUCCGGCCAGUCAAGAAAGUUGAUGCGGCUGGCUCACAGCGUCUUUCGAACGAAUACAUUGGGACCGGUUCUGUUCGUCGUGCUCCUUCAUCAACACCUUCCGUAACGACUGAGGUCUCUCAAAAACCUCGCCGGCCCAUGACAGCCCGAGGAAGAGCUGGCCAGGCUUUGGUCGAGGAGGUAGUGGUCGGUGUCCUUGAUUCAGCGGCCUCUGGGGAGCAUGAUGCAGCCACUACCGAAGCUGUCAACCUUAUCCGCAAGGGGUUUUCCGACUUGGGUCAGAGCAACCCCGAGAUGGCUUAUCGCCUGGUGAUGGAUAUUCUCGGAGGCAUCAGAUCAAACGAUAUCGUACAUUCACAUAUACGUAACAUGUCCAUGGCUGGUAUAGUGGCUCCUAAGAGUAAACCUUCAAUCCCGCACACGAUCAGGGUGGUGGACCCGGAUCGUACGAGCGAAGAGCCUGAAAGGGUGGAGGAUUUGGUAAAGGAGAGAAGUCCGUUGGCGGAUUUGUUGUAUCUUCGAUGGCUUGAUGGUUUAAGAUUAAAGUGGAUGAAUCCUUGAGAGAGUAAACACGCAUGAUUUGGGGGUUUGUAAGUUUAUGAUUCGUGUACAUACAUGGCAUUUGCAUCUUGUUGUGUGGUCUUUG